CAAAAGGUUAAAGGUCUACAGGAAGUUAUUCCUCGGCGUGGAUGAAUUUGUUUCCUGUGCUCUUCUGGAAAGAAACAUAUUUUCAAACAUUCACGGCUUGAUGCUUAAGAAAACACACACAAAGCAACGACACUCAGCAGGCGCAAGAUGAACUACGUACCGGGGACGGCGAGCCUUAUUGACGACAUCGACAAGAAGCACCUGGUCCUGCUGCGGGAUGGCAGGACACUGAUCGGAUACCUCAGAAGCAUUGAUCAGUUUGCCAAUUUAGUUUUCCACCAGACAGUUGAGCGCAUCCACGUGGGGAAAAAGUUUGGAGACAUCCCCAGAGGAAUAUUCAUCGUGAGAGGAGAGAAUGUUGUUCUGCUUGGAGAGAUAGACGUGGACAAGCCCUGUGACACAAUCCUGCAGCAGGUCUCCAUAGAAGAGAUUUUGGAGGAGCAGCGAUUGCAGCAGCAGGCCAAACAGGAGACAGAAAAAGUCAAAAUGCAGGUUCUGAAGGACAGAGGCCUUUCCAUCCCCAAGGCAGAUAACCUAGACGAAUACUAAGGUCGCCUCACUUCUGUAACCCUCUUCCUGAUUUUUCUACUGGACUCUUUGGCUUUAUGUUGAAUUUGACGUUUGUUUUGAGAGGGGAUGAGAGUGUGUCCUUCAGAGGUACAAGGCAGCAUCUUGGCCCAUGCUUGUAUAGUAUACUGUAUUAAUUUCUUUUGAAUUAUGACGGGUCAAAGUACUCAGUUUUUUCUGUAAUGGCUGCCCCAUCUUGUAGAACAUGGUGGCCAACCUAAAACCAUAAGUGUUUGUCCAAACUUUUGUUCGUAAUUAUGAAAAAAAAAAAAAAAAAAAAAAAAAAAAUGUUUUUCUUACCUCAGCACUUACUAUUUUGUAACACUGUUACAGUGAAG